AAUACAAUAAAACCCUCAGGUACAUCUGCUUUGCAAUCUGCAAAUCCUCCCUCCAUCACCCCCUCCUCCCCUCCAUCAGCCUCUCCAUCCUCCCACACCCACUCUCUCCAAAUCCACGGGGGACCUGGGCUCCUUCUGAUUGGUCGGGGAUGAGGCAACAAGGGGGGACGGGGACAAUGUCAUCAUGUCGCCUUAAAAAGAGUGCAGCUAUGUUGUGGUGAAAGCACCUCGGGUGGAGAACAGCGGAUCAGUAGCAGGAGGAAACAACAACAAAAAGACGCGUCAGAUGUUUUUGUCCGCGAGCGGCUGAAAGUGGAUUUCUUCUCCCUGCGGCAGCGUCCAAAGUGCCUUCAGCUCUCCGUCCAGCGCCAACAUGCCGAGAGGAUUUUUGGUGAAAAGGAACAAGAGGACCAACCCGGUGUCCUACCGGCUCCGCUCCGAGGAGGAGGAAGAGGGACAAACAGCGGCUGAUGCGCCGCCGCAGCCACCGUCCUCCUCUGCGCCUCUCGCCUCCGUCCCGGUGCGCGCACAGACGCCGACGCCCACCUACGGGGCGGCGGCCACGGCUCCGGAGCAUGAUGCCAAACCGGUGCAAUUCGGAAACCCGGAGGCGGUGUACCAGGCGCUCUACAGUCCCACCCGCCCCGUCAGCCAAGACCACGACCGCUCCUACUUCGAGAGACGCUUCAACCUCGGGUCACCGGUUUCCGCGGAGUCUUUCCCCACGCCAGCAGCUCUCACCGCCUUGGACCAUCUCUUCGCCCCCGUGGACCUGAAAAUUGGCUCCAGCAACAGCAGCCGCACCGACACGAGCGCCGCGUCCACCGCGACGCUCCCCACCGCCGGGACCAAACGGCCGUCCAGCGACUCCGAGCGCAAAAGCAAACCGCCGUCCAAGAAAACCAAAGCAAUCCGGAAACUGCACUUUGAGGAUGAUGUCACCACAUCACCGGUUCUGGGGCUCAAGAUUAAAGAGGCGCCUGUGGACCAGAAGCCUCCCAGACCGCAGCCGUCCGGCGGUGACAACAACCCGCUGGGCGAAUUCGUGUGCCAGCUGUGCCGGGAGGCGUACGCAGACCCGUUCGCUCUGGCGCAGCAUAAGUGCUCCAGGAUAGUCCGGGUCGAGUACAGGUGUCCUGAGUGUGACAAGGUGUUCAGCUGCCCGGCUAACCUCGCCUCGCACCGCCGGUGGCACAAACCGAAGCCUCAGAGCGGAACCUCCGGUGGGCAAAACUUGGAGAGCGACAAGUCGGUCGCGUCCGGCAAGACAGCGCCGGAUGAAGCAAAGGAUUCAAGUGACAGGGACACACCCAGCCCCGGGCCGUCCGAGUCCGGCUCAGAGGAAGGGCUGUAUGAUUGUAAUCACUGUGGAAAAAAGUUUAAGCGCCAAGCGUACCUGCGGAAGCACCUGGCGUCUCAGCACGGCUCCCCCAAAGCGGCGGAGGACGAGGACGCGCCGGCCUGCGACCAGAGCGCGGCGCCGCUGAACCUGAGCUCCUCCAGCUGCCACCUGUGUCCGGUCUGCGGGGAGAACUUUUCCAACAGAGGCAGCCAGGAGCGGCACAUCCGCCUGCUGCACUCCUCACAGGUCUACCCGUGCAAAUACUGCCCGGCCAUCUUUUACAGCUCCCCGGGACUCACCAGACACAUCAACAAAUGCCACCCGUCCGAGAACCGGCAGGUGAUCCUGCUGCAGAUGCCGCUCCGCCCCGCCUGCUGAUCCGGGACUGAUCCGGGGUCUUCUGGGAGGAUCUAAGGGUUAAGCCGCAAAAAUAUCCGUCUUACGUAGAUUUUUUUCUUUUACAAAACAGUGGAAAAGGAAAGUUUGGCCUCCUAAAAUCUGUUUUUUUAAAUCAAUAGAAAAACAAGGCACUUUAGUGAGAAGCUGCAACUUCAGGCAGUGGUUUAUUUUCACUGCUGUUUCACUCAUUUGGGAAAUAAUCACCAAAUUUUCCUAUUUUAAGAACCUUAACACACUGAACAGAGCAGUUUGAUGAUAAUUCAAGAAUUAAAGCGGGAUUUUCUCCUGACGUCCACAUUUCGAGGUAAAAGAGAAAAUGAAAGGAUGUUUUUGUGGUGUAACUCCUCCAGCAGACACUCAGAGGUCAGCAGGGACUCAGUGCUUUGCUCCAGGGCACUUCAGCAGGUUCUGGGUGUGUGUUUGAACCCCAGCAUAGAAAAGUCCGACCCUUAAAGGACCUCUGACGUCAUGUCCCACACACUGAAACCGUUAGACUGUUCAUUUAUUUUUCUAGCAUCUCUGCACAAGUGCUAUUAGCUUCUAGACCUAAGAGAGGGACAGACACCAGAGGCCACAGGCCUGAGGAGAAGACCUUAACUCAUCACUCUGGUUAGCUUUAAUUAGCUUGUGGAUCCGUGGAUCAGUAGCUGAAAACAAACAAAAAUAGAGUAAAAACUAGUGUAGCCGGUAAUGCCUUUGGAUUAGAAACUCCUGCUGUAAAACUGCCUUAAACUGAACUGAUUGUUUUUUGAUCACUUAUUUAUCACUGGCUGGGUAUGAUAUUCUUUUUUUUACAAAGUCUUCUGUAUUACCACUAUACAGUAUAUCUGUUUUCUAUUUAUUUAUGUAUUUAUUGAAUUAUUUGUGUAAUUUAUUGCCGUGUGCUCUCUGUGAUCUGUGUUUUCUCAUGAUGUAGCCAAAUUUGUUUAACGUGUGUGGAAACGACGUGUGGCGUGAGGACGGUUUGUUCAAGUGACUUUAUAGCAAUCGAUGAGUUUUAUCAACCUGCUCUUGAAUAAUAACUGAAUGCAAUCAUGUUUUAUUUCAUUUUGUAAUUUAUUUUAUUUUAUUUUAUUUUUUGUUUUGUUUCUUUGUAACCGUUAGCUCUUACACUGCUUUGGAUGUUUCUGCAGUAUUUUGCUAAAUGUCCAAAAAUAAUAAAAACCAAACUGAGAAACAGUUUUUAUUCCGCCUCAUGUGUCGCCUUGGGGUUGUUCAUGUAAUAAUGUACCUGCACAGGUGGUUUAACGCUGCAGCCGGGAGACACACUGAAGUACAUCACAAAACUCUUUCAGUUUGUAAAGUAAAAGUGAAAGCAGUCAGAGUUUGAAGAAAACACCAGAAUAAUUGUGAUAAAACCAACAUGUGUACUACGUAUUCCCGGCGGGCGACGUAAUGAAGUACAUUUACUCAACUCCUGUACUCAAGUACAACGAUGAAAAGUGAUGAAAUUCUGUGAUAAUUCAGUGAAACUGGAAAUGAAAACAUAAAAAGAAACGUGAGUUUUGUAGCUGGUUUGCAGAAACGCACGACGUCAACACCUUCGACACUCUGCGUGCAGGAUGACAACAGCUGACCUGAAAACAGGAAGUACAGGUGCGCCGCACAGGAGCCGCUGGGCAACGCCACGGUCAGCUCGUUCGGUCUUCAUCUUCCUCUGUUUCGAUUACCGUGACAGGAGUUACUGCAGGCUGUGAGAGCGAGCAGGGCGGUGA